AUGUCAAUACACCCACACCACCACACCCACACCCACACCACCGCUCAUGUCAAUACACCCACACCACCACACCCACACCCACACCACCGCUCAUGUCAAUACACCCACACCACCACCGCUCAUGUCAAUACACCCACACCACCACACCCACACCACCGCUCAUGUCAAUACACCCACACCACCACACCCACACCACCGCUCAUGUCAAUACACCCACACCACCGCUCAUGUCAAUACACCCACCACACCACACCACCGCUCAUGUCAAUACACCCACACCACCACACCCACACCACCGCUCAUGUCAAUACACCCACACCACCACACCACCACACCACCGCUCAUGUCAAUACACCCCAGAGCAAUGACAAGCCGUGCGGUGUGUGCCGGACCGGUGAAAAUCGUUCGUGA